GUUUUGAAUUCUAUAAACUAUGUUAACUCAUAUCAUUGUUUGAUUUUCUUGUAUUUUUUAAAUUUAAAGAGAAAUCGCUUGUUGAAUAGAUAAAUGCUUUCCCGACAAGCGUCUUUUUUUGUGUGUAUUGUGUGUUGGGUUUAUCGCGCGCCACGUUUUACUCAUACAUGUAAAGUCUAUGAGGAUAAUGCGUGUGUGUAUUCGGGGAUUUUUUAUUUUUGGAGCGUGUGAACAAGCAUGUGUGCAAUGAAACGGUAUGAAUUGAAGGGGCCCCAUAUCUGCACAACAACAAAUCUAGACUUCACUAUGUCCGAGGAGACAUCCGACAUUACAACAGGGUCUGCACCUGGUAAAAGACCUCUGGAAUUAUCUUCAGAUAUCAACCCUGAUUCAGAUGACUCAUCAAUAGCCCCUAAAAGGAUCAAAAUAAUUGAUGAAAACAACAAAGUAAAUUCACCAAAAUCACACAAUGCAAUCAGUAAUGGAGGACUCGACUCCCCUACAAGCAAUGGGGGAGAGGACAGACAUGAGCCGGAAGAUGGUAGCAAUCAAGAGGACCAAGCGGAAGCUCUGCCAAAGUACGUAAUGGAGGCAGAAUCUUCACCACAGCCAGAAGCAAAUGGAAAGGGUGAGGAUACUGCUCUUGCUUCUGAAACAAACUCUGGUGAGCCUGCACCGUGCAACUCGAACAGUGAUAAGAGUGACAAGAGUGAUGGAAAGGCAGGAGAGGAUCUUCAAAGUGAGAAGGAUACAGACCAGUCUGAUUCCCAUGAGGACAAAUUAAAAAGUGUGAAUGUGAGUGAUAUAAAUCCAGAUAGGACAGAAAGCUCAGGGAGUUGCAAUGGUGAAGAUAACAAGGAGGCAUCAGACAAUAGAAAGGAACCUGUACUUAGUAGUGAGAAGGAUAAGUCUCAAGAUGAAAAGGUCAAUGGUGCAGAAAGUGAUAGUGAAGCAAUGGAGGUGGACGUUGAAAACGACUCAUUAGAAUCGGCAGGGACCAGCUUGGACAAUGCUAAACUGAAGUCAGAGACAACCAGUACCUCCGAUCCUCACAGUGUAAGUGACACCAGUGUGCCAAAGGACAGCUCAGGUGCUUCAAAAGAUUCUGUUGACAAUUCUACCAGUGAACAUCCUGUAGAAGAGGAUAUUGACUUACAAAACAGUGCUAAAGACAGUGAUUCUAAUGACAAAAUUGAAAUAAACUCUGAUGAAAAAGACAAUGAUGGUGAAAAGCAUGAUGAAAAUCGGCUGAAGGACAAGGAGAAAGGAGAAACAGAAAAUUCAGAACAGAAAACUAUGGAAGACUCUACAAGUGAUGCAAUGGAAAUCGGUGAAGAUAAUAAGGAGAACAAAGAAGAUAUCUUGAUGGAUUGUCUUCAUUUGCUUUCUGAAGAACAACAUGAAGCUCGCUCAAUCAUCAUGAAAAAACUGCAAGAAGAAUUGAGAAAUGAGGAGACAAAAUUGCUACUUUUGAAAAAACUAAGAUUGAAUCAGCAACAGCCUGUAUCAGUACCGACUAAACCAGAUGGAGCAGCCUCAGCAGCAGGAGCUGGUACCAAUGGUACAGGACCUGUUCAAAUCCAUAGAACUGGACUGCCACAAAAUAUGGCUCAUUCCUCUAUGACAGGAACAAAGCCACAUGCUAGUAUUCAGCCACAAUCUAAUUCCUCCUCCAAUCGACCUGACAUGCCCCAAAUGAUGCGUGGCACCCAUAUACAGCGGCAGUUACACAACUACCAGAAGGGCCACUCGGGACCACCACCCUUGAUCAUGGCACAGACAAGCAGAUCGUCCUCAUCAUCAUCGUCUACAUCUCAGUCAGGUCAGAUGGUGCGUGCUCCUGUGGUAAGAAUUUCCACAUCAUCAUCAGCAUCGACCACUUCAACUCACAGUGUUUCACGCCAGAUGCAACAUCAACAGCAGUCAAGUAGCAGGCAGAAUCAGAUGGCCAAUGAUGGCCAGUCGGCAGCUAGCAGACAAGCAGCUGCAAAGUUGGCUCUUAGGAAACAGCUAGAGAAAACUCUCCUCCAGAUCCCUCCACCUAAACCUCCUCCACCUGAAUUGCACUUCUUGCCCAGUGCGGCCAACAAUGAAUUUAUCAUUCUUGUUGGGCUGGAAGAAGUGGUGAACACGAUACUUGAUCUUGAUAAAAAGGAUAAAAAUCAGUCCAAAGGAUUUGUACAACCAUACAAGUGUGCGCAGUGCAACACUGACUUCACUACUAUAUGGAAGCAGGUAAAGAUGGAUCCAAAACAAGGCAUCAUGUGCGAGUCUUGCAUCGUGUCCAACCAGAAGAAGGCCCUGAAAGCAGAACAUACCAAUCGUCUAAAGACGGCCUUUGUCAAAGCAUUACAGCAGGAGCAAGAGAUUGAGCAACGCAUCCAGCAGAGUCAGAGUACAACUCAACAACCAUCUACUAGCAGGGUUAGCAGCAGCAGCAGUUCACAAAGACACAGGACUCAAAACGUGGUUCAUCGCAGUCAAGCUAGCAACAUUCACCACUCAUCGUCCUCGUCAUCAUCGUCAUCGUCAUCUAGUCAGGCACAUAGGCAGAGGGUGAUGAAUCCAGCUCCAAGCCAGCGGGUUGUACAGCAACCAAUCCAUUAUGCCUAUAUACCCAACUUUCCUGUGUCUGCACCUCAGAUUCAGAUCAUCCCGAAGCAGCACAUGGUAGCUCCUCAUCGCCCCCCUACCGAGCGGCAACGGGAAUACCUACUGGACAUGAUCCCAUCCAAGGGACUUGGUCAUCCACAGAACUCUGUCAUAUGGAAACGAUGAGAAAUCUCAGAGACCGUAGAUUCCCUCUCCCUGUUUCACCCACCCCAGAUCAACGAUAUGGCUCCAUGUAGUACAGUCUAUAACAUCUUUAGAAUAAUUCUUCACCCUUUAAAAAGAGUUCUUUCCUUGUUCCACAUUUUAUUGAUGUUGUGUUCGCCAUAACUGUUUCCUUGCAGAUUAAUUUGUUCAUUUUAGGGUAUUCAGUAUUUGGCAUGUGUGAAUUCAGCUAGCAUCCUCUGCCAGUUCCAUCCAUUGGAUAAUAGGUCAACCCGAUUGAAAAAAAAUAGAUGCUACUGAUUUGAUGGAAAGAAUUGGUAUAAGGAUACACCCUAUAAGUGUUUGCAUUAUGCUUUCUUGAACCUAACCACAGCAUCACAUCUUAUUCCCAUGUCUUCUCAAAUUUGCAAAUUAUGUCUGGUUAAAAAAAAAUUUCUAUAUUGAUAUUAUUAUAGCAAGGCCUUUUGUUUACGAUUUAAUCCAUUUUGAGUUUUUGUUUGUUUUGAUUCCCCCAAACAGUGUAAUUUGUGUACCCCCUCCCCAAUUCCACUCAUCUCCUAUGAUUGCUGUGUAAUUUCUCUAUGUGUUCAGAUGUGUUAAGGCGAUCACACAUCUCACGACUGGUCUGCGACCCGAUUUCAGAAUAAAAUGUUGUAGAAUUUGAUGCUAAUAUUGAGACUUGGAAUAUCUUACUGUGUAAUGUUCAAAAUCAUUGUACAAAUACCCAUGUUUAAAUCUGUGACUAUGCUAUCAUCCUUAGAAUAAAA